ACAGCGCCCCGCAGUGACAUCACGCGCCUGCGCAGCGUCUCGCCACCGGGAAGGUCGCAGCGGUGACCGGCCCUGCCGCCGCCAUCGCCGUCAUGUUGUCUGUGGCCGCCCGCUCCGGGCCCUUCGCGCCUUACCUCUCGGCCGCGGCGCACGCCGUGCCCGGGCCGCUGAAGCCGCUGGCGCCAGCGGUAGCGCGUCGGGCCGAGAAGGUUCCGCUGGACCUGAAGCGGCCUCUGCUCUGCCGGGAGUCGAUGAGCGGCCGGUCGGCCCGGGGGGGCCUCGUCGCCAGCGCCAGCCUUAACGCACCUGCCAGCGUUCGUUGUGUCCAUAAUGAUGUCACUGUACCUGACUUUUCUGCCUAUCGUCGUCAAGACGUGCAAGAUGCCACCACCUCCUCUCAAAGCAGCAGUGAAGCUAGAAAAGGGUUUUCCUACCUGGUGACUGCAACAACAUGUGUAGCAACUGCAUAUGCUGCUAAGAAUGCUGUCACCCAGUUUAUUUCCAGCCUGAGUGCCUCUGCUGAUGUGCUGGCAUUGUCAAAGAUCGAGAUCAAGUUAUCUGACAUUCCAGAAGGCAAGAACAUGGCUUUCAAGUGGAGAGGGAAGCCCCUUUUUGUUCGUCACAGAACCCAGGCAGAGAUUAAACAGGAAGCAGAAGUUGAUGUGUCUAAACUGAGGGAUCCGCAGCAUGACUUAGAAAGAGUAAAGAAACCAGAAUGGGUGAUACUAGUAGGUGUCUGCACUCAUCUUGGUUGUGUACCCAUUGCUAACUCUGGAGAUUUUGGUGGUUAUUACUGCCCUUGCCAUGGGUCCCAUUACGAUGCCUCUGGCAGAAUCAGAAAGGGUCCUGCCCCCCUUAAUCUUGAGGUUCCAACUUAUCAGUUUAUUGGUGAUGAUGUAGUGGUUGUUGGCUGAGUACCAAGGUGCCUGCUCACUUCCAUGUUCCUGUGAAUGUACACUCAGAAGGGUUAACUAUAAAAUCAGAUCAUCCUGGAAACAUAUUAGCUUCAAGCAGAAGUAUGUUCGAAUACUUCCUUGUGUUGAAUUUUAAUAAAAACUCAGAGUGAGCACUUGGUCCUGACUUA